CAUCUAUAUAGCCUACUUUAUUUUAUGCUGUAUUGUAGGAAAAUAAAAUAAAAGUUAUGGCGAAUAUAAAUGUCAAAGCCGUAUGGCGGCAUGAAGAUAUAAAGUCACUGCUUGCAGCUGUCAUGGCUGUGGAUGUGGCAAAUGUUAUGGACACUGACAGAAGAAGCGCUCGGAAAAGAGUUAUUUUUGAACGAGUGCAGUGUUUCAUGGAGGCGAGUGGACACCAUUUCACAGUUGCUCAAUGUGCCGGCAAGUGGAAAAAACCUAAAAUGGAAUAUCAAAAGAUGUUGGCUUCUUUAAAUAAGUCGGGUGCAGCAGGAUAUGGCGAAAUUACAUGGCCAAACUUUGACGAAAUGAAUUUAAUACUGGACCUCGACCACGAAAUAUUGUUCUGCAGCCGGGUACUUCAUGUGGCAUCGAUUCUUCAGGUAAUUUGCAGCUAUGGCAUAUUUUGCCUGAUUUUACUCUCAUUGUGUACUGAUGAACGUUUUACUCAUCACACUUAGUUUUCCCAAUCUAUAGACUUAAAGUUGGCUGCUUAUAAAGGCUUUUGCUAUUCGUGGAAUGCUUAAUUGUUCCAUAUCAAUUACUGAAUUGCACUAUGCAUUUUAGGAAUGCCCCUUCCAUAUUAAAAUAUUGUAAGCUAAUAAUGACUAAUGAUGCGAACAUUUCAGAGAUUGAAUCACGAGAAGUUGUGGACAUCGGAGGUAGAGAUUGCAUUCAUUACAAGUUGAUUAAGAAAUAGUUGAGUUUUCAUUUAAGGAA